AUGGAGCGCGCAAGAAAGAGUACGCUGAAUCUUGACGGCGUCUCGCCGUAUCUGGCAGAUGUCUUUGAAGUUAGCAAAUCUCUAGAUUCUUCGCUGAAGAAGAACACGGCCUUUAUCAAACGACUUCGCACAGGAAUCACUGCCGCAGGCCUCCCCACAUUCAUAACCGAUGUUCGCUCGCUUUCGCUUCAUAAAUACCUCUCAGAAAUCAUAUCGGCUUUUUAUGAGGGUCUCUGCAAGCUCAAGACACCGGGAGAAAUCGCCGCUGGUGUUGAAAUUGCCAGCGCAAUCCACCAGCGUUUUGGCCCGGAUGAGUUUACCAAACGACUGGCGUGGAACUUGGGCCGCGGCCUUACCUCGCCGGAUAAGGCACAGCUCAAAGCCUGGACGCCAGAGGUCCGUGAAAGGGAAGAAAAGGAACGUCUAUCCCGGCACAGGGUUCUCCUCCGUGUCGUAACAGAGUUCUGGCUUGUUGGGCUGCUUCGGAGUUUAGACGAUGUAGAGAGACCGGAUGAUUCUAUGCCCAAGUGCAAGGACUCGGUGCCAACUUUGGGUGGGAAAGGUGCUGAUGGAAGCUCUAAGCCUCGCCAGUCUCAGUCCGCGAAACCGAACCAGGACAGGGAUGAAGAACCGUUCCCCCUUGAGGUUUUAAAGGAUUUGCUUGGCUACGAUCGAGAACACGUCAAUUUGCCCUUGGCUCUACUAUUCGCUAGAACGUAUAGCUGGGACAUAUUGGGAAUUAAGACACUCGAGGAGGGAAGAAAGACGGUAGAGACAAAUGGAACCACUACAGAUACCUCCAAGGAAGCACAGGGUGGUACAUCCGGGGAUGAAGCCGGUACAAACACAGCUCAGCUUGAUGACCCUCCUCUCGUACCCGAGAAGCUCCAAACGCGGUUUAAAAAUGUGUUAAACAGAUACCUUGAAGAUGUGAAGAAGCAUGUUAGUCGGGACCAAAAGGCUCUUGCAAACCAGAGUCGCCGAAAUGCAGAGGCAUACGUGAAAAGCGGCGAGAUCCUCGAGGAUCGGCAAUCUAAUUUCGAGAAACAGACAAAGGCACACGAGAAAUUGGUGUCCAAUACCCAAUCACUAUGUGAGAUUUUGGGCGUUGAAAUGCCUGACUUGGCUGAAAAAGAUGCGUCUGAUGGCACAAUGAGUGGCAGCAUAGGCCUUGUAAAGACUGGCGAAUACCUUCGUGGUCAAGGUGAAGGGGCUGGUAUCUGGGAAGAUGAGGAAGAGAGACGCUUCUACGAGAAUCUAGCAGAUUUCAAGGGAAAAGUCCCCGCUGUGCUCUUGGAAGACGGAAAGAAGAAGAAAGCAGACGGAGAUGACCAGCCUAAAAUGAAACCUGAUUCGGAAGGACAAAAUGGAACUGCAGCCCCUGAAGGCACCAGCAAGCCAGAUUCACAAGCAGGUGAUUCCAGUGCGCGGGAACCAGAAGAGUCCGGUACCACUAUUGUCAACAAGUCAGUUGGAGCUCAAGUCGAUGCUCUGCUUUCUAAGCUUCCUGAGCUGGCCAACAAGGAAGCUGUUGAUCAAUUAGCUCUGGAUUUUUGUUUCUUGAACUCGAAGGCCUCUCGAAACCGACUUGUCAAAGCUGUUCAAGAAGUGCCGAAGGGCCGUUCCGAUCUCUUACCUCUCUAUGCUCGCCUUGUUGCUACUCUAGGCCAGUAUCUUCCCGAUGUUCCUCAGGGCCUAAUCACGUAUCUGGACGACGAAUUCCGCAGCCUUCAACGCCGCAAGCAAAAAGAAUUCCUGGGUCAAGUUCGUACAAGCAACAUCAGAUACCUGGCUGAGCUCACUAAAUUCGGCGUCGUUCCUGAACACGUUAUAUUUCAUUGCUUCAAAGUCAGCCUGGACGAAUUUUCCCGAAAUUUGUUGGAAAACUGCGGUCGGUAUCUCCUCAGAAACCCCGAGACAGCUCCCCGAAUGGCAUCGUUCUUAGAAACACUUGGACGAAAGAAAUCUGCCCAGCACCUUGGACAACAGGAACGAAUGAUUAUUGAAAAUGCCAUGUACUACGUCGAUCCUCCACCGCGACCAGCCAUUCAGCAAAAGGAGCGUACACCAAUGGAGCUGUAUAUUCGAAAGCUGAUAUAUCUGGAUAUGAACAAGCGGAACUACACUAAGAUUUUAAAGGCUAUUCGCAAGUUACACUGGGAGGAACCCGAGGUUGUCAACAUCCUCGAGCGUAUAUUCAGCAAACCAGGAAAAAUUAAGUACGGAAAUAUUCAUCUACUUGCAAUUAUCAUCAGCGCACUAUAUCGCUACCACCAGUCUUUUGUGAUUGGCGUUAUCGACAAUGUCCUUGAGAGAAUCACCGUCGGUCUAGAGAACAAUGAUUUCAAAUUCAAUCAGUCACGGAUUUCAGAGGUCAAGUAUUUGGGAGAACUCUAUAAUUACAAGAUGGUUGACUCACCAGUGAUCUUCGAUACCCUCUACCGUAUUGUUACUUAUGGACACGAGGGUGGAACACCAUCUCCGGGAAAAAUAAACCCCCUUGAUAUGCCAGAUGAUUAUUUCCGUAUUCGUCUGGUGUGCACCAUACUAGAUACCUGCGGUGUUUGUUUCGACCGAGGAAGUGCGAAGAAGAAACUUGACUUUUUCUUAACAUUUUUCCAGUACUAUCUACAUACCAAGGAUCCUAUACCUAUGGAUGUUGAUUUUGUCAUCCAAGACACAUUUGCCUUGACUCGACCACAGUGGAAGUUCGCUGCUGACUUUACAGAAGCUACCAAACUGUUUGCGGAGGCGGUUGCACAGAACUACCAAGUGCAAGAGACUGACAAAGCUCCAGAACCAGAGGAUGAGGCAGAGAGCUCAUCAUCUGAUGAAGAUAUUGAAGAUGACGCGGCUCCUGAUAUCGAAGAGGUCUCUACUGACGAGGCAGAGGUUACCGCUAAUGAGCCAGAUGAUGAAAAUGAAUCCGAGUCAGAAGAAGAGCAGAUAUUUGUAUCUCGUCAAGAGGAAGAGCGUGAUCCUGAAGCUGAAGCUGAAUUUGACAGAGCCUUCGAGAAGAUGGUAUCUGAAAGUGUAGAAUCCCGAAAAUUCGAGCGCAAAACGAUGUUCGACGUCCCCCUGCCCAUGAGACGUGCAAAUCCCCGCGAACCUGCUCCAGUUGAAGAGACCAAAGAACCAUCCCCUACGCCUUCCAGCACGAUGCCCUUCUCCCUCAUGACCAAGCGUGGAAACCGCCAGCAGACACGCACUAUCGACCUCCCUUCGGACUCCAGUUUUGCAGUUGCAAUGAAGACCCAGCAACAAGCAGAGCGCGAGGAGCAACAACGAAUAAAAAAUCUGGUUCUCAAUUAUGAUCUUGGUGACGACAAUGAUAGCAAUGAUGGUGAUAGCAACAGUUCCCCAACCCACCACUUUAUUCUACGACCAAACACCAAUGCUAAAGGCUCACUCAAAGGUUCCGACAAGCGAACGUCAUCGCACCGCGAUUCAAGAAAUGAUAAAUCAGCCCGGAGUGGAUUCCGUGCUCUGAUUUAUAACCAUGGCACCAAUUGCACUAAGAAAAUCAAAACUCCCAUACCUCCAAUCAAAAAAGAAAAGGAGCCAAAUAUACGGCAGUCGAAAUUUUUUGGAUAUCAAAGUGCUAAUUUACUUGCUGUGCGUUUGGCCUUGAAUGGCCUUGCGCUCAAUAAAUUUGUCUUUAGGACUUGA